AGACUGACUUCCGCUGAACACAAGACAUGUACGUUAGCACACUCUUCAAAUCAGUAUAGUUUUCUUGUUUAGGGAUUCUCCAUCAAGUGGAUUUUCUAGAUUUCUGAAAGAAUUAGCUUUAGAAUUGGGAAUGUAUAUAUAUGAAAAAACAAAGCCACAUGGUAGGAUGGCUUUGUGUUCCUAAAUGAGCUUCGAGCAAUGGGGAGACAGAGGCAUGUGAAUCCUUGUCUCAGAAGAGAGUGGCCCUUAUAGCUGGCUCUUCACCACUCAUUUCAUUUACAGUAUGGUUUUCCGGAUAUUCAUUGAUCUAUAUAUAUGCAAUGAUCAAGUUCAGUAUGACCAACUCAAGUCUUCUCCUUCCCUAGUAUUAGAGCUCUUUUUUCUUUUGGAAAGUCCUUUCAAUUGCUUUUCUUGUUUAAUUUGAUCAGUUAAAAAAAUUAAACACCAUGAGUUUUCGGUUACCUGGAAUUGGUAACACCAAGAGAAGUCUUACUAGAUCUUUAUCUGCUUCAAAGACCUUAGAUAUGCCAAAAGGCUAUUUUGCAGUUUAUGUUGGGGAGAGCCAGAAGAAACGGUUUGUGAUUCCAAUAUCAUACUUGAAUGAGCCUAUGUUCCAGGAUUUGUUGAGUCAAGCUGAAGAAGAAUUUGGAUACGAUCAUCCCAUGGGUGGUAUCACAAUCCCCUGCAGUGAACGUACCUUCCUUGAUCUCACUUGUCGCUUGACUGUGUGAGUGAGUGCUAUGAAGUGAAUCUAGCUCUGAUUCAAAUUCAUAUCCAAAUCAUCCUCAUUGCAGAAUUCACCAACUCGAGGGAUGAGUAGAGGCUAUGGGGGAAUCUGUAAUCCUGAAGCUUCUUGUGAGGCUGUGCACUGAGAAGAUCAAGACGGAACACAGAUUAGCGCAGAAAUCAAAACACAGUAAAACUCUGAAAGCAUUGGCUCAAGAAUCAGGACUCCAAAUUUAAACUCAGAGAGAGAGAUAGUCGAAUUCUAUCUUUGGAACCAAUGUACCUCUUUGUUAUUUGUUCUCCAAGAAAAUCUGGGAAUAUAUAAUAUUUUUAAAUAUUCCUCAAUCCUUCUUGUUUUCUAUUGUCAUUA